AUGGGCUGCGCAAGUGGUAAACCUUAACAAUUGCAACUUAAAAAUAGAAAAGAAAUUAAUACUUCAAAUGAAGAAAAACCAAAGAGUUCACCCUAGAGUAGAAGUUAAUCCACUGUAGACGAAUGCGAUCAUGAAGACAUUUCAGUGAAUCGUAUUUCAAUUUUAGAAUAAUCUUGUGUAGGAAUGAAGAUAUUCCUUUAGAAUGAAUGCAAUUAAAUAAUGAACCAAAUAAAAUCAUAAGAACCAGAUAUCAAAGCAAAUUCAAAAUUAGAAGAUAAAGUAGAAAUAUUGAAACUUUUGAUAAAUCUUGCUGAUGAAAUACAAGAGAGGUCAUACUAACUCUUCGAUAAAGAGUUAAAGGAUGAACCUAAAGUAGAAGAAUAUUUAAUAAGCUUGAUUUGGGCUUGUAAAAAAUUUAGAUUUAAAUAUACAGAAGGUUUUCUAAAUAAAGUAGAGCCUUUAUUUCAAGCUGAAGAGCUUAACCUCAAAAAGGUUAAUGUUCAUUUAAAAAAGCUCAUUUCAAACUUAAAUUGA